UUGGAUUUUAUUAUUCUAGAGUAGCUAGGUGCAACAGGUGACAGUAUUACCAAAGGAGCCGGGAUUGGUACAACACUUAACAUGGAACAUGGAAACCUGUUUGAAGAUAUUAUACUGGGAUCAAAUGAUGCAGAGACAAGUAGGCCCUAAAUCUCCAGCUGCAUUGGCUUUCAACAGUCAACGUAACAGCCAUGCUGAAGAAAAACUGGAUGUUAUUGAACGUGAAGCAAAAGAAGACAACAGAAAGCAUGCAGCAAAAGUUGCUGAAGAAGUUGCUACUAUGAUUUCACGAGUACCAGAGUAUGUUUUUGAUGCAUAUGAAGACGGAUGUCAAGGUGAUGGUGGUUCCCUCGUAGAAUUCACGACCAUUGAGAAAGAAGCGAUAGAAUAAAAUGCUGCUCAUAUUGCUAGAAUUGAAGCCGAUAAAAAAAAGCAAGAAUCCGAAUGGAGUAAACGAGUUACGAUAGACACCGAAACCUGGAAUGAAUUUACCCCUAGACUUUUGGACGCAUUUGUGUCGGCCUGAGCUUGUGACGCCGAGCGAUGCGAUAAUUGUAAGCAGGAGCUUACAAUCAUUAUUCGUUGUUUUGAUGACUGCAAGAGUCACCUUUGCCCGGACUGUGAUGUUAAAAUUCAUUCAACCAGACCUUUCCACGACCGAAAGCUGUUCUUAAAUGAGUUUGAGUCCCGCCCACUAUUGACUCACGAGUUUUAUGGAGUUGAAAAUCGACCACUCAGUGAGUUAU